AUAACAAAUUCUCUUAUAAUCAAUCACCCAAAAAAUAUCAAAUUCUCUUCCUUUUUUCUGACAUUUAACAAAUCCUGUCAUAGUUUAACCAAACCCAUCACAUUGUAUUACCAUUACAUAACACAUAAUGGCAAAUCUAUAAAUUUAAUUCAUUCAUCUUUUGUGUUAUUUGAUGAUCAUGAACCAUUUCUUCUAACCUUACCAUCCAAGAAAUCAUUUUAGAGAAUUAAUUCGAUGACGUUUGCAGAAGGGGAUAACAGCGUUAACGACGAUGCUCGUAUAACGGAGGAGGAGGUAGACCCAUUAAUCCAUCAUACUCACGAUAACAACGUUAACGACGACGGUGGUGGUGGUGGUGACUACGUUAAAUUGAGACAGGGCCCUCACGAUGCCACACCACCACCUUUGCGGUAUUGGAUUAAAUUGGGGGUGUCUCUUCUCUUCAUUAGUCUCUUGGGUCUUGUUAUUUUCCAAUGGCUUGGACCUUUUUUCAUUCAAAAGGUGUUUAUUCCGGUAAUAAAUUGGCAGAAAGACACAUUCACCUCUUCACAGUUAGCUGUUAUAGUGUUUGCUUCGAUAGCGAUAUUUCCUACCAUACUUUUGCCAUCCUCGCCUUCUAUGUGGGUUGCUGGGAUGACAUUUGGUUAUUUUUACGGUUUCUUGCUAGUAAUGUCUGCAGCAGCUGUGGGAGUUUCACUCCCAUUUUUCAUUGGCUCAAUCUUCCAUCAUAAAAUUGCAGAGUGGUUAGAUCAGUAUCCAAAGAAAGCUUCUGUUUUAAGAGCUGCUGGUGGAGGAAAUUGGUUUCACCAGUUUCGUGCAGUUGCUUUAAUCAGGAUUUCUCCAUUCCCUUACAUAAUCUACAACUAUUGUUCUGUGGCAACAAAUGUCCAGUAUAGUCCUUACUUGUGUGGAUCUUUGGUAGGAAUGAUGCCAGAAGUAAUUGCUUCAAUCUACAGGGGAAUUUUGAUCCGAGCAUUGGCUAACAUCUCACACAAAACACUCACUCUAUCUGCUCCGCAAAUUGCUUUCAAUGUUGUUGGCUUCUGCAUAUCUGUAUCUACAAUAAUAUUUUUCACACUCUAUGCUAAGAGGAAACUCAAGGAGUUGCAAAAAGAGGAUGAACAACUACUGAAAUAAUAUUCAAUAGCUUUAGACUGAAUUUCAUCGUUGCCUUGCUGCACAAGGCAGUUACUACUAUCUCAUAUUAGCUCGUAAUAUAUUAAUUGAUUGAUGCACAUGCACACUGCAAAGUUGGGUGAGGUCUUAUUACUUGCGUAACUUCGUCUACGAGAGAAUGGAUCGUUCAAUGUUCGUAACAGCAAGAAAGGUUUACCGAGGAACAAGCUGACACGACAAAUGUUAGUAUUUUGCUUUAUUCUUCCUUAGGUUGUCUACAAAUACACUCUUCUUUUUUUGGUUUUUUCAUUCAUCUCCUCGACUCUGUAUAUGAAUGAUAUUUUUACGGUAAUUGUGAAGUAUCGCCGUCAUGUACAUAUUGGCCUACAUAUAUUUCUCUAUAUAUAUGACAUUGGUUUCACACUAGUAUUAUAUAAAAAUAAAAAUUUAAUUCAUAGA